CCCCCCUGCCAGCCGGAGAGCCAAGGACGGGAAUCGACCUGCCCCCACCGCUGCUGCAAAGGCACACCAGGGACCAUGGGGCGCUCCUUGCAGGGACGGCUCUCAUUAGCAGUGCCAAGCCUCCAGCAUCCCUGAUUCCUCAAUCACCCCCCCCCACCAACCCCCAAAUCAAACAUCAAACCCUCCCUUCCCCUCUUCUUCUCCCCCGGCCCAGACCUGCGGCCAACAUGACGAUGGCCGGGGGCAGGAGGGGGCUGGUGGCCCCGCAGAACACGUUUCUGGAGAACAUUGUUCGAAGAUCCAAUGAUACUAAUUUUGUACUGGGCAAUGCCCAGAUAGUGGACUGGCCAAUUGUCUACAGCAAUGACGGAUUCUGCAAACUCUCAGGAUAUCACAGAGCAGAAGUUAUGCAAAAAAGCAGCACCUGCAGUUUUAUGUAUGGGGAGCUGACUGACAAAGACACAGUUGAGAAGGUGCGGCAAACCUUUGAGAACUAUGAGAUGAAUUCUUUUGAAAUCUUGAUGUACAAAAAGAAUAGGACACCUGUGUGGUUCUUUGUGAAAAUUGCUCCAAUUCGAAAUGAACAGGAUAAAGUGGUUUUAUUUCUUUGCACUUUCAGUGACAUAACUGCUUUCAAACAGCCAAUUGAGGAUGAUUCAUGUAAAGGUUGGGGAAAAUUUGCUCGCCUGACGAGAGCACUGACAAGCAGCAGGGGAGUUCUGCAGCAACUGGCCCCCAGCGUCCAGAAGGGGGAAAAUGUCCACAAGCAUUCACGGCUGGCUGAGGUUCUGCAGCUGGGCUCAGAAAUUCUCCCGCAGUACAAACAAGAGGCACCAAAGACUCCACCCCACAUCAUCUUGCACUAUUGUGUUUUCAAGACCACCUGGGAUUGGAUUAUUUUGAUUUUAACCUUUUACACAGCCAUUUUAGUCCCCUAUAAUGUCUCCUUUAAGACCAAGCAGAACAAUGUGGCCUGGCUGGUUGUGGACAGCAUUGUAGAUGUCAUCUUCUUGGUGGACAUUGUGUUGAAUUUCCACACCACCUUUGUGGGGCCGGCCGGGGAAGUGAUUUCUGAUCCAAAACUCAUCCGCAUGAACUACUUGAAGACUUGGUUUGUGAUUGAUCUGCUCUCCUGCCUGCCAUAUGAUGUCAUCAAUGCAUUUGAGAACGUGGAUGAGGGCAUCAGCAGCCUCUUCAGCUCACUGAAAGUGGUUCGGCUGCUCCGCCUGGGGCGAGUGGCCCGCAAGCUGGAUCACUACAUCGAGUAUGGAGCCGCAGUCCUGGUCCUGCUCGUGUGCGUGUUCGGUUUGGCGGCUCACUGGCUGGCCUGCAUCUGGUACAGCAUCGGAGACUAUGAGGUCAUCAACGAGGACACCAACACAAUUCGCAACGAGAGCUGGCUCUAUCAGCUAGGGGUGGAUAUCGGGACCCCUUAUCAGUUCAACCUCUCUGGUUCCGGAAAGUGGGAAGGUGGCCCCAGCAAGGAUUCCGUGUACAUCUCCUCCUUGUAUUUUACCAUGACCAGCCUCACCAGCGUGGGCUUUGGGAACAUCGCCCCGACGACCGAUGGAGAGAAGAUCUUCGCCGUGGCCAUGAUGAUGAUCGGCUCCCUGCUUUAUGCGACCAUCUUCGGGAAUGUGACCACGAUCUUCCAACAGAUGUAUGCAAAUACCAACCGUUACCAUGAGAUGCUCAACAGCGUUCGGGAUUUCUUGAAGCUUUACCAGGUUCCAAAAGGCCUGAGUGAGCGGGUCAUGGAUUACAUAGUCUCUACUUGGUCCAUGUCAAGAGGAAUAGACACGGAAAAGGUUUUGCAGAUCUGCCCCAAGGAUAUGCGAGCAGAUAUCUGCGUGCAUCUCAACCGCAAGGUGUUCAAGGAGCACCCUGCGUUCCGGCUGGCCAGCGACGGGUGCCUGCGCGCCCUGGCCAUGGAGUUCCAGACCGUGCACUGCGCCCCAGGAGACCUGAUCUACCAUGCUGGCGAAAGUGUCGACAGCCUGUGCUUUGUCGUGUCGGGAUCCCUGGAGGUGAUUCAGGACGAUGAAGUUGUUGCUAUUUUGGGUAAAGGAGAUGUCUUUGGAGAUGUAUUUUGGAAAGAAACCACUCUUGCCCAGUCCUGUGCUAAUGUGAGGGCUUUGACAUACUGCGACCUGCAUGUGAUUAAGAGAGAUGCCUUGCAGAAAGUCCUGGAGUUCUACACGGCCUUUUCUCACUCAUUCUCCAGAAACCUAAUUCUCACUUACAACUUACGGAAAAGGAUCGUGUUUCGGAAGAUCAGCGAUGUGAAGCGGGAGGAGGAAGAGAGGAUGAAGAGGAAGAAUGAGGCUCCGCUCAUCCUGCCGCCCGACCACCCCGUCCGCCGCCUCUUCCAGAGAUUCCGGCAGCAGAAGGAGGCGCGGCUGGCGGCGGAGAGAGGGCGGGACCUGGACGACCUGGACGUGGAAAAGGGCAACAUCCUGGCAGAGCACACCACCACCCACACCAUUGUGAAAGCCAGCAUUGUCACCGUCAGGGAGAGCCCAGCGACCCCGAUUGCCUUCCAGGCAGCCUCCACCUCCUCCGCGGCCGACCACGCCAAGCUGCAGGCCCCGGGGUCAGACCAUGGGGGCAACAGGGGGAUGGGAUCAGGGGACUGCCCCAAGCGCAAGGGCUGGGCCCGCUUCAAAGAUGCCUGCGGGAAGGGCGAGGACUGGAACAAGGUCUCCAAGGCUGAGUCCAUGGAGACCCUCCCAGAGAGAACUAAGGCUUCGGGCGAAACCACGCUGAAGAAGACAGACUCUUGUGACAGUGGCAUCACCAAAAGUGACUUGCGUUUAGACAACGUGGGUGAGACCAGGAGCCCCCAGGACCGAAGCCCUGUGCUCGCAGAGGUCAAGCACUCUUUCUACCCUAUUCCCGAGCAGACUCUGCAGGCCACCAUGCUUGAAGUGAAGCAUGAGUUGAAAGAGGACAUCAAGGCCUUAAACACCAAAAUGACAAACAUUGAAAAACAGCUCACUGAGAUACUAAGGAUAUUAACUUCCAGAAGAUCCUCUCAGUCCCCACAGGAGCUGUUUGAAUUGUCUAGGCCCCAGACUCCUGAAUCAGAGAAGGACAUUUUUGGAGCAAGCUGAGAGCCUGAUUUUACAAACACACACGCACACACAAGUGCGUGUGCUCACUCACACAAACACACACACACACAUGCACACACUCAGUUAACAUUCGAACAGUGAGCUUUUCCUGAUGAAAAUCAAUGAGGGACCAGUCCAUUAAGCAUGCUCCCACUCUCUGAAAAAAGGUACCAUCAGAGGAAUUGCAACCCCUUUGCAAGAUGGCAGCUGAUUUUGGCGUAUCUUUGCACAAUUUUGGAAGAGAGAGUACAAUUUUCAAAGGGUAUUUUUUUUCCUUUUCUUCUUGGUUUCAAGUUUUUAUUUUUGGCACAGUCAACUCUCGGUUAUCACACGGUCUUAGGGGAAAUGUGACGUGGGUAAUACUGGCUAGGGGAGGCAGCUUCGGCCUCAGAGAGACACAGAGGAGGUAGCCCCAGGGCCUUUCUGGAAAUGUGGGGAGGCGGCCCCAGUCUGAGGAGCCUUGAGAGUCCAUACUAGGGAUGUGGGAUCCCCGGGCUGGGAGAAGGAUGAAGUUGAGGUAGAGUUUUGGAAUUGACAGUGGAUAAUUCUCUCAUGGGAUAUUUGAGAGUUGGCUGUUCAAUUAGAGAACUUUGCAAAA